AUUUCAAAAGCUGAAGCUUAUCACCAAACAAUUACAGAAGCAAUUAUUCAACGUAAAGCUUUUCAGUUUAUUAAAAGCUUACAAAUUAGUAAUUUUGGAGGAUCUGAAAUGUGGCUUGUGAACUUUAAAAAAAGGUUUCAUAUUAAAGAGUAUACAAGACAAGAAGAAGCAGCAAGUAUUCCAUUAAAUGAACAUCUACAAUACUGUGAUGAACUUAAAGAUAUUAUUAAAAACUAUGAUCCAC